CUCAUUCUGUUACUUACAUCCACUCUUAGCUGUCGGAUAAAGUAACUCAUUUUUAUUUUAAAUUUUUUUUUCUCUGUCUCUCUCUUCACCCUUCGCCGAAUUGAAACAUGCGUGAGUGCAUCUCUAUCCACGUUGGUCAGGCUGGUGUCCAGAUUGGUAAUGCCUGCUGGGAGCUGUACUGCCUGGAACAUGGCAUUCAGCCUGAUGGGCAGAUGCCCAGCGACAAGACCAUUGGAGGAGGGGACGAUUCCUUCAACACCUUCUUCAGUGAGACUGGAGCUGGAAAACAUGUCCCCAGGGCUGUGUUUGUAGAUCUGGAACCAACAGUAAUUGAUGAGGUGCGCACUGGAACCUAUCGGCAGUUAUUCCAUCCAGAGCAACUAAUUACAGGCAAAGAAGAUGCUGCCAAUAACUAUGCCCGUGGGCAUUAUACAAUCGGCAAAGAAAUUAUUGACCUGGUUUUGGACCGAAUCCGGAAACUGGCUGAUCAGUGCACAGGUCUUCAGGGUUUCCUGGUGUUCCACAGUUUUGGUGGCGGUACUGGCUCUGGUUUCACAUCCCUUCUGAUGGAACGUCUCUCCGUUGAUUAUGGGAAGAAGUCCAAGCUGGAGUUCUCAAUCUACCCUGCACCCCAGGUCUCAACAGCUGUGGUUGAGCCAUACAACUCCAUUCUCACCACUCAUACCACCUUGGAGCACUCAGAUUGCGCUUUUAUGGUGGACAAUGAGGCCAUCUAUGACAUUUGCCGUAGAAACCUAGAUAUUGAGCGUCCCACAUACACCAACCUCAAUCGUCUAAUUAGUCAGAUAGUGUCCUCUAUUACAGCUUCUCUCAGAUUUGAUGGUGCCCUGAAUGUUGAUCUUACUGAAUUCCAGACCAACUUGGUGCCCUAUCCUCGUAUUCAUUUCCCUCUGGCCACUUAUGCCCCUGUUAUCUCAGCAGAGAAAGCUUACCAUGAGCAGCUCUCUGUUGCUGAGAUCACAAAUGCCUGCUUUGAGCCAGCUAAUCAGAUGGUGAAAUGUGACCCACGUCACGGUAAAUACAUGGCUUGCUGCCUGUUGUAUCGUGGUGAUGUUGUGCCCAAAGAUGUUAAUGCAGCUAUUGCCACCAUCAAGACAAAGCGUAGCAUCCAGUUUGUAGACUGGUGUCCCACUGGUUUCAAGGUUGGCAUUAACUACCAGCCACCAACUGUGGUUCCAGGUGGUGACCUGGCCAAGGUACAGCGUGCUGUGUGUAUGUUGAGCAACACCACUGCAAUUGCUGAGGCCUGGGCCCGUCUGGACCACAAAUUUGAUCUUAUGUAUGCCAAACGUGCCUUUGUGCACUGGUAUGUUGGUGAGGGUAUGGAGGAGGGAGAAUUCUCUGAGGCCCGUGAAGACAUGGCUGCCCUAGAGAAGGAUUAUGAGGAAGUUGGUGUAGAUUCCGUGGAAGGAGAAGGUGAGGAGGAGGGUGAAGAGUACUAAACCAGAUCUUGUUACAUUACAAGGGCAUGUGACUUUUUAUUUUACCCAUUCUCUUGUCAGCUGAACAGCAAAUGCUUUUUAAUUUGAGUCGUAUCGAACACCUAAACUGUUAUGAUGGCAAUUACGACACUGUGUUUUUAGUUACCUUUUUAGCAACCAUGUCAUUGUUCAAACAGUUUUUUUACCAUCCGAUCUGAAAUAAAAACAAAAGAAACAGUC